CUUGGUGACAUUUUUAUACUCUCAUGUUGGUGUUAAGAAGGUUACUAAUAAAUGGUUGCGCUCUUGUCAGUUACAUGUAACCUCAAUCGUUUUUAAUUGCAUAAAUAAAAGUGCAAAAUGGAUUUCCAAAAUCGCCCGGGGGGCAAGACCGGCGGUGGCGGCGUAGCCUCCUGGUCGGAAACCAACCGCGACCGCCGCGAGCGUCUCCGCCAGCUAGCUUUAGAAACCAUCGACCUCCAAAAGGACCCCUAUUUUAUGAAAAACCAUUUGGGCUCCUACGAGUGCAAGCUAUGUCUCACACUACACAACAACGAGGGCAGCUACCUCGCCCACACCCAAGGCAAGAAGCACCAAGCCAACUUGGCUCGCCGAGCCGCCAAGGAAGCAAAGGACGCCCCCACACUCCUCCAACCCGAAAAACCCAGAGUUGAGCCGAAAAGAUUCGUCAAAAUUGGGAGACCCGGCUACCGAGUAACGAAACAAAGAGACCCUGAGACAGGCCAACAAAGUCUACUCUUCCAAAUUGAUUAUCCGGAAAUCACCGAUAAUGUGAUUCCUCGGCAUCGAUUCAUGUCGGCUUAUGAACAGAAAAUUGAGCCCCCGGACCGCAAAUGGCAGUAUUUGCUUUUCGCAGCGGAACCCUACGAGACAAUUGCGUUCAAAGUGCCGAGUCGGGAGGUUGAGAAGACGGAUAAUAAGUUCUGGACGCAUUGGAAUAUCGAUACAAAGCAGUUUUUCCUCCAGUUUGCGUUCAAGAAUGAGGCGAAGAAACCGACCACGAUUAUUGCAAGGCCUGGGGGUAUGAUGGGUGGAGUGCCGCCGCCACCGAUGAUCCCGGUGCCGCCACCACCGAGACCCCCGAUGUUUAACGCCAUUCCGCCGCCGCCGCCGCUGAUGGGGGCGGUUCUGCCGGUGCCACCGCCACCUCAUUAACAAAAUUGAUUUUUUUAAGCUGAACUAAAUAACACUGUAUUUCAUUAUUUCAAAAAAGUUAAUAAACAUUAAACUGGUCCCAAACGAA